UGAGGAAGUGCUAAAAUGGCGGCGGGAGGGGAAGUUUUGGGAGGGAGUGGCGGACGGUGAGUGCCGAGGAAACCGGGAUAUUAAUCACACGGGUGCCACAGUUUGAUCUUCGAUUAGGACAGAGGCGGGAGAUCUUCAGUAGUGACUGACAAUUAUAAAUGAAACAAUACUGCAAGACUGCUUGUGCAUCAUAUUUCUUGGAUGAAAUUUAAACAUUUAUAUUCUGUAAAGUGGGUAUAAUCCCUACCAGUCUGCUUACAUGUGUAGAUCAUUGCGUUACUGUGUUAGCCAUUGUCUGUAUGCAGCAAUGACAAGACUGGAAGAAGCAAAUCGAGAAGUGAACAUGCAUUCCUCUGUCCGCUAUCUUGGCUAUUUAGCCAGAAUGAAUUUGUUGGCAGCAAUAUGUAUGGGUCUUUAUGUCAGGUGGGAAAAAACUGCAGAUGCACUAAUACUCAUAAUUUUUAUCCUUGGAUUAUUUGUUCUUGGAAUUGCAAGUAUACUUUAUUACUAUUUUUCAAUGGAAGCAGCAAGUUUAAGUCUCUCUAAUCUUUGGUUUGGAUUUUUACUUGGCCUUCUUUGUUUCCUGGAUAAUAAUUCUUUUAAAAAUGAUGUAAAGGAAGAAGCAACAAAAUAUUUACUUUUUUCCUCCAUAAUUAUAAGAAUAUUGUAUGCUUUGGUGCAGAGAAUAUGUGGCUGUGUUCAUCAUCGGCCUAUUUUACUAACGAUGGUUGAAGUACUUGAGCUGGUUGGAUUUGCAAUUGCCAGUACAACUAUGCUGGUGGAGAAAUCCAUGAGUAUUAUUCUAUUGAUUGUGGCUUUAGCAAUGCUGAUUAUUGAUUUGAGGAUGAAAUCAUUUUUGGCAAUUCCAAAUUUAGUAAUUUUCGGACUCCUUGCCUCUUUGUUAUUUUUUCCAUCCUUACAUAUACCAACAAAUCCAUUUCCCUUGGGAUGUUUUUUUAGUUGCUUAAUAGCUGAUCCCCUUCUUGAUGUUUACUUCAGUGGACUUUCAGUUACUGAACGUUGGAAACCUUAUUUAUAUCGUGGUCGAGUUUGCCGAAGAUUCUCAGUCAUUUUUGUUGGAUUUAUUGAACUGAUUUAUUUCAUCCUUUCAGCACUUAAACUAGGUGAUUUGGAUCUCUGGUACUUUGUAAUACCAGGCUUUUCCAUUUUUGGCAUUUUCUGGAUCAUCUGUCACAUCAUUUUUCUUAUAACUCUCUGGGGAUUUCAUACAAAACUUAAUGACUGUCACAAAAUAUAUUACACACACAGAGCAGACAACAAUAGCCUCGACAGAGUAAUGGCAUCUAAAGGAAUGCGCCAUUUUUGUUUAAUUUCAGAGCAACUUGUCUUUUUCAGCCUUCUUGCAACAGCAGUUUUGGGUACAGUAUGUUGGCAGAAAUCCAAUGGAAUCUUCAUGAGUGUUUUUUUGAUUGUCUUGCCCCUUGAAUCUAUGGCUCAUGGGUUAUUUCAUGAACUAGGAAGUUGUUUGGGAGGCACAUGUGUUGGCUAUGCAGUUGUGAUCCCUACCAAUUUUUGUAGUUCUGAUGGGCAACCAACAUUGCUUCCACCUGAGGAUGUGCAAAAGCUAAAUUUGAGGUCAACAGCCAUGCUUAAUGCUAUCCAAAGGUUUUUUGCAUAUCAUAUGAUUGAGACUUACGGCUGUGAUUAUUCCACAAGCGGACUUUCAUUUGACACAUUACAUUCUAAACUAAAGUCAUUUCUUGAACUUCGGACAUCAGAUGGACCUAGGCAUGAUAGUUAUAUAUUAUACUACAGUGGUCAUUCUCACAGCUCUGGGGAGUGGGCACUAGCAGGCUCAGUUUCGACGAAGAAAGGCCACAAGAAGAAUCUCCAACAGGAACCAUCAUCAUCAGGUAUAGAAACCGGUCCAACAGGACAACUGGAAAUAAACUACUUGAACAAGAACAAUUAAUUGUACAGGAACUGAGACAGAGGGAGGGGCUGGACAAUGUCACCCCCAUCAAGAAAUCUGGCAUUUGAGGUAAGACUAAUUUCCCAAUUUCCUUGAUCAGGGUGUGACAUUGUCCAGAUGAGGGACAUACCAAAGUUUUGGCAGUCUCAAGGGCGGGAUGUCAAAGGGCCUGGAGAGACCCCUGCAUGGUGCACCUGCUGCAAAACCCUCCUGCCAAAUGACGCUUCAGCAGAAGCAAAAACAUCUAUCUUGUAGUGACAUAUGAACGGCGAGGGAGUAGACCAGAUGGCCGCCCUCCAGACUUCCUCAAGGUAGGCCUGGGUCGCCCAAGCUGCUGAAGUGGCAGCACUCUGAGUGGAGUGGGCAGUAAUGCGACUGGGAACAGGGAUCGCCUGGGCCUGAUAUGCCGAAGCGAUGCAAGCUCUGAUCCAGCGACCAAUUGUUGCAGAAGAGACCUUGUACCCCAGGGAACUUGGUAAGAAGAAAAUGAAUAAGGCCUCAGAUUUUCUGAAAGGGGCAGUUCUUUUGAUGUAAAUUUUUAGGGCCCUCCGUACAUCUAAGGUAUGCCACCUUCGCUCCAAGGUAUGAGAGGGCCGUGGACAGAAAUUGGGUAGAAUAACCUCCUGAGCCCUGUGAAAGAGGGAAUUAACUUUAGGUUUAAAUGAGAGGUCCAAUCUCAAAAUAACUGUGUCCGGCCAGAAAAUACAGAGAUCCUCCCUAACCGAGAGGGCUGCCAGCUCUGAUAUGCGCCUGGCUGACGUUAUGGCUAUGAGGAAGGCUACUUUAAGGGCGAGGAAACAAAGGUGGACUGUGCGGAGGGGUUGGAAGGGAGCCUCAGUUAAUGCGUUAAGGACCUUGGGCAAGUCCCAAGUAGGAUACCUAUGAAUUGAGGAGGGCUGUAAGAGCCUGGCUCCUUGCAGGAACUUUUUUAUCACAGGGUGCUGAGUGAGUGGCUGUCCAGAUGGACUGGAUAAGGCUGUAGACAGAGCCACCACAUGUCUCCGAAGGGUGCUAUGGGCCAGGCCAUGGUCAAAUCCAUCCUGGAGGAACUCUAGGAUCUGGGAAGGUGAGGCUGAAACAGGGUCUAUCCGUCGGGAUCGACACCACCUAUAAAAGGCUAGCCAGGUGAUAUUGUAGAGUCUGACUGUGGAUCUACGUCUACAGGAUUGAACAAUGUGGAUCACCCUAUCCGAAUAAUUGUCCCGCCUUAGAUGGGCCCCUUCAAGUGCCAUGCAGUCAGUUGGAGCCACUGAGGGUCCGGAUGAAGCAGGGUUCCCUGACGCAGCACAAUCUGGUCUGGUGGAAUCUUCCAAGGGUGAGAUAUGGAGAGACUGACUAGGUCUGCGAACCACGGACGGCAUGGCCAGUGUGGAGCCACAAGGAUAAUUUCUGCCCUGUCGGUGAUGACCUUCCGAAUCAGAGCCGGAAUCAGAGGCAACGGUGGGAAGGCGUAGUGAAGAACGGGUGGCCAGGUGAGACGAAGAGCGUUGACCCCUUCCGCCCCUGGUGUCGGGAACCUUGAGAAGAAGCGAGAAAGCUGGGUGUUCAGGUUCGUUGCGAAGAGAUCUAUGGCUGGAAUGCCGAACCUGUUGCACAUCUGCUGGAAUAUGUCAGGAUGGAUCUGCCAUUCGCCAUUGUCCACCUCGGUCCUGCUGAGGAAAUCUGCUUGUGUGUUCUCUAUCCCCGCUAUGUGGUCCGCUCUGAUGGAGAGGAGAUGUUGCUCUGCCCAUUUGCCUAGGCAAAAUGAUUCCUCCAUGAGACGCUUUGAGUGGGUACCCCCGACGGUUGACAUGUGCCUUCGCCACCAUGUUGUCCGUCAACACCAGAACAUGACCGUUUUGCACAAACCGUUGAAAUUGUGUGAGUGCUAGAUGAAUGGCCUUCAGCUCUAGCCAGUUGAUAGGGUUGGUGAGGUCGGAGGCAGACCAACGGCCUUGAGCUACGUGCAAUGCGAGAUGAGCUCCCCAUCCAUGUAGGCUGGCAUCUGUAGUGAGUAUAAGCCGGUCGUGAUUCAUGAAGAGGCACCCCUUGUCUAUAGAAGACUAUGUCCACCAAUAUAGCGAUCGCCUGACUGAGAGUGGAACUCUGACGGUCGACAUGGUGUGAGCCUGGCGUUUCCGUUGAAAGGGAAGCAGGAACCACUGCAAGUGGCGGGCGUGAAGGUGCGCCCAAGGAACGAUCUGAAUGCAGAAAACCAUCUUGCCUAGGAGCUUGGAUAAAGUGGCCAAUGGAACUGACAGGUUUUUGCGAAUAUGAGUCACCAGGUCCCUGAUGUCUGACCUCUGUUCCAAGGACAGGUAGACGGUCUCUUGACCUGUGUCGAUGAUGGCGCCAGGAUGGGUGAUCCUGGUGACCGGUACUAACUGACUCUUUUUGUAGUUGACCAGGAACCCAUGAUCGUUCAAGGUUCGGAUCGUGAGGUUCAAGUCGUGUAAGGCUUGGUCUCAAGAGUGAGCCUGAAUCAGAAUAUCGUCCAGGUAAGCCUGGAGCCUUACCGGUUUUUGUCUCAGGUGAGCUGCCACGACCGCUAGGACCUUUGUGAAUACCCUUAGUGCAGAUGCCAGGCCGAAGGGAAGAGCCCAGUAUUGGAAAUGCUUACCUGCAUAGCUGAGUCAGAGAUGUCGAUGAUUUGGUAGGAUGGGGAUGUGAAGGUAAGCCUCCAUGAGGCCUAUGGAAACUAAAAAAUUGUUGGGACGAAUCCCUUGAAGAAUAGGUUAGUGAACACAUUUUGAAUCUGCGAUACACUAUGUGGGAGUUGAGAUUUUUAAAAUCCAGAAUGGCUCUCCACCCCUCCGACCGCUUCGGAAUUACGAACAGGAUGGAGUAAUCCAUCCUGUUUCCACUGUUCGUGGGAGACCUCCUCUAUGGCGUGUAUCUGCAGGAGGUGCUGAACAGCCUGGUUCAUCAAUUGACGUCUGGAUUCGCUUUUGGAAGGUGGACAUUGAAGGAAGCGGGUCGGAGGUUUGGAGAGGAAUUCCAGGGGGAGGCUGAAUUUCACUACUGAAAGGACCCAGAGGUCUGGUGUUGACCUUUCCCACCUGUCUGCAAAGAGGGAUAGGCAACCCCCUAUUGGAGGAUUUGGCAGUGAGUCACUUACGACUGCGGGACUGGCGGUAGCCAGAGCUGCGAAAGGUCCGCUUGGACUGGAAUUGCCUGUUCCUAUCCCGAAAGUAUUGACAGUCCGAAGACCUAUAAGAUCCCUGAAGAUAUUCCUGCCUGGAGAGACUUCCCUGGGAGUAGGAACGAAAGGAAGCUCUCCUGUAAUAUGGAGAGGACCUUCUGUCAGACGGUUUGUACGUUGAAGGCAAAAUCUUUCACUUGUCCCGGGUCUCUACAAGAAGAGGGUCAAGCGGACUUCCGGUUUUCCUGGCUCCGGUGAAGACGUGCCUUUUUUAAGGUCCGUCAGCCCCGCCGUUUGUAGAGCCGCUUCGAUCGUGAGGAGCGGCUUGAAAACUCCAGAAUCUGCAGGAUUUGAAGGAGAGAGUUGGCAAGGCGCAGGUUGAGCCCCUGUGAGCCCCCAGAAGUUUAUUACUGGGGAGGAAACAGGCGCGGCUCCCUUUCAACUUGCGAAGACUCUGGGACGACUCUGCUAAUGCAGAGCAAGCCGGCAGCAGCAAACAAAUUGAUUGAAUCUAACCCUACUAAUUAACGGGGAAACCCUGAAACCAAGGAAUUGCAAGUAUUUUCCUUUCUUCGUGACUUCUUGAUCUGAUUAAAAAUUUAAGUGAGUGGAAGCGGCUUGAAAAGAUGGCGCCGCUCCAGCGCUAACAAGUUAACAAGCUGAAAGGGAAAGUGACUUUCUAAAGCUAUUCUAAUAAGCUACAUUGUAGCGCUGUUUGUUACGAGCACAGGAAAAGAGGGGUGGGAAAAAAUCCCUUUCUAAAAUAAGCUGAUUUCAUACAAGUUUACUUCUAAUUUGAUUAAAGCUGGGGGAUUUUUUUAGAGGACUUUGUGGUGCUGGAAGAAAAAGAAAAAGGAUUUCUCUUUUUAGAAAAUCUAACUCACGUGAUAAAAUGGCUUCUAAAAAGCAGGAAAGCAAGGCAACGGGGGGGGGGGAUCUCCCACACACAAGCCUGAAGAGCAGUUUGAUUUUGAAAGCUUAAAAAAAUUUAUCACGCAGGCUUUGGAUGAUAAAUUUCAAAAAUCUCAACAGGAAAUUAAGCAGGAAAUUACUGAAAUGAAAAAUUUGGUGAAAGAGAAUUAUGACAAGGUGACUGAUAAAUUAUCAAACGCAGUUUCUGGCCUGUCAGAAAUUAUUAUCAAAGUGGAUUCCAAAUUGGAAGAAUUUAAAUCAGAAGUGAAUGUUAAAAUAAAGGAUACUGAUUUUAAAAUUUCUGAUGUGGAUAAUAAAAUACAGAGAGUUGAAGAUGAAAUCACGAUGAUGAAAUUCCGGUCUAUGGAAUUUGCCAUAAGAAUUAGAGGGAUUAAGGAGAGUGACCGGCAAGAUUUGAGACAGAUUUGUGCUGAUGCCUUGGCUGUGUUGUUAAAAAUUAAUUCUGAUGAGAUCUUUUACAAAAUAGAUAAAAUUUACAGAGUGAACUCAUGGGUGGCCAGACAAAGACAAUUACCAAGAGAUGUGGUGAUAUACUUCACAGAUAGAAGAAUGAGAAAUGAUAUUCUGCAAAAAUCUUUCCUUUCCUCUGUGCAAGUUGAGGGAACUGAGGUUGGAAUUUAUAAAGAACUUCCACCAAAGAUGCUGAAAGAUAGAAAAGAUUUUGGUUUUUUAGUAAAGGAAUUAAACAAAUUAGAAAUCCCAUUCAGAUGGGAUGCUCCAACAGGCAUAAUUUUGAAAUAUCAGGGGGAAAGACACCAACUGAAUACUGUUGAAAAAGCGGUAUAUUUCUAUUAUAAUGUUUUCAAGGAGAGAUCACCAUCGCCACGUUCAUCUACUGUAUUGGAGAUAAAGGAGAGUGAGAAGGAGAAGCAACCCCAGCAAGAGUUGGAAGUGCAGCUUAAGCAGAUUGAAUUAGACCCAACAGAAGCGCAGGGUGCUGUAGGAGGUUUUCUGGAGGAACCCCUGUUAGAAUCCUCUCCAAUUCUGACUACAAGAGAUGUGGCAUUGGACCUAGAGCGUAUGGCUGAAGCUAAAGACCAGCGAAUAACUCGUGCAGUUUCAAAACAACUUAAAGAAAAACAAUUGCAAGAAAGAGCUAUGGCACAACAAUAUAAAAAAGGAACUAAGAGUACUACAGAACAAAGGGAAGCCAUGGGGAGAGCAAAGUCGGUGGCCUCGGAAGACAUCCGGCAAUCUUGCUCGUUGCUUCAAAAAGGUAUGCAUGAUGGUUAAGUUUUUGUCUUGGAACGUGAAUGGACUGAACUCACCACAGAAAAGGAAGAAAAUAUUUACAUAUUUACAACAAUUUAAUAAUGAUAUAAUUUGUUUAUAAGAAACUCAUAUUAGAACGCAAGAUCAAAAAUAUUUGAUAAACUCAAAGUUAGGAAUACAUUUUAUAGCCUCAAAUUUGGAAAAAAAGAAUGGAGUGGUUAUUUAUAUAAAUAAAAGAUUGUCAGCUAAAAUUAUAGAGGCAGAUGAAGGUGGUAGGUUUGUAGCAAUUGAACUGUGUACUGCAUAUGGCCAAAUUCUUGUGAUUGGGAUUUAUGCUCCUAACCAACAGCAGGAUCAUUUUUAUAAAAUUUUAUACUAAAAAUGCAUACUAAAAUAUUGCAAUGGGACUAUAGAUCAAUUUUGAUUAUGGGAGAUUGGAAUGGAGUAAUUGACUCCAAAUUAGACAAAAAAAGUCUGGUGAAGUCAAAGAUUAGACUACCACAAACUUUUUUUGAAAUGAAAGAAGAUUUGGAACUAAAGGAUGUUUGGAGAAUACAUAACUUAAAAGACUUGGAUUAUACUUUUUUUUCUGAUAGACACAGAUCUUUUUCAAGGAUUGAUUUUAUUUUAGUAUCAAAUGAUUUACUUGUUAAAACAAAAAGAACUAAAAUCUUUCCAAGAACUUUAUCUGAUCACAGUCCAGUAUGGAUAGAAAUCGAGACUGCAAAAAUUGAGAGAAGAUCAUGGAGACUAAAUGAAAAUCUGUUUAGAUAUGAAAAAAAUAUAAUUGAACUCAAGAAGCAGAUGAAAGAAUUUUUUGAUAUUAAUUUGAACAAGGGUACCCCUAUUGAAAUUGUGUGGGACGCGAGUAAAGCAUAUAUGAGAGGGGUACUCAUUCAUAUGAACUCUAAAUAUAAACUGAAUAGACAAAAGAAAAGAGCUGAAAUUGAAGUAGAAAUAAAGAAAAAAGAACAGCUACUUAUUAAAAAUCCAACAGUUGAAAGAACACAUAGUGCUAUAAAACUUUUGAAAGACCAAUUUCAAAUGCUUAUGGCGGACCAAGUUGCAACAAAUUUACAAUAUGCAAAGCAUAAUACAUUUUGUAAUGCCAAUAAACCGGGCAGAUGGCUGGCUUAUACUUUAAGGAAGAAGCAGAGUAUGCGGACCAUUGAUUGUAUUGAUAUUGGAGGGACAGAAAUUUAUCAACAAAAAUUAAUUAAAGAAGUUUUUGUAGAUUACUAUACUAAAUUAUAUGCUAAAGAAGACAUACAGAAUGGACUUAUAGAAAAAUAUUUAGAAAAUAAAAGAAUUACAAAAGUUACUAAUCAACAAAAGGAAAGACUGAAUCAUCCUAUAACAGCUGAGGAGAUAAUUGCAGCAAUAAAACAACUGAAAACUGCCAAAGUUCCGGGAACAGAUGGCUUGACUGCAGUGUAUUAUAAAACUUUACAAGCAGAAAUGGUGGAACAACUUAGAGACUUAUUUUGUAAUAUACAACGAGGGGGUAAAAUACCCCCAUCAUGGAAAACAGCUUAUAUCUCUUUGAUACCAAAAGAGCAAGCAGGUCCUAAAAAACCGGAAAAUUAUAGGCCAAUAUCUCUUCUGAAUAAUGACUACAAAAUUUAUGCAAAAGUAUUAGCCAACAGGUUGAUGCCAGUAAUUAAAGAGGUGAUUCAUGAUGACCAAGCGGGAUUUAUAGAGGGUAGAUACAUGAAGGACAAUGAAAGGCAAGUGAUAGAUUUAUUGGAAUAUCUUGAGAAGAAUAAACAGAUCCCUGCAGUGCUGGCUUUUUUGGAUGCGGAGAAAGCCUUUGAUAGAGUGGAUUGGAAUUUUCUAUUAAAGACUUUGGAAAAAAUGGAUUUUGGGGAUCAAUUUAUACUGGCGGUUUCAGCAAUUUACCAAGAGCAAAAGGCACAGAUUAUCAUUAAUGGAAGUUUGACAACAGACUUUAAAAUUGAAAAAGGUACAAGACAAGGUUGUCCGUUAUCCCCUUUGUUAUUUAUUUUAACAUUAGAAGUCUUGUUGAACACAAUAAGGGAUUCGACCAGCUUGAAAGGUAUAGUGAUAAGGCAAGAAGAUUACAGAAUAAGGGCAUUUGCAGAUGAUCUGGUUGUUACCCUAACGCAGCCGGUGGAAUCAAUAAUCCUGAUGAAAGACAUUAUAAAAGAUUAUGGUAUAGUAUCAGGAUUUAGACUGAACCAGAAAAAAACUAAACUGAUAGUCAAAAAUAUGACACAAGAUUGAAAACAUGAACUUGAAAAGGGGGCAGGUUUUGAGAUUGUUUCAAAGGUUAAAUACCUAGGAGUUCAGGUUGCAGAAUCUAACAUGAAACUGAUUCAAAAUAAUUAUGAGGUGUUGUGGCGAGAGGUACAAAAAGAUAUGGAGACAUGGAAAAAACUGCAGCUUUCUUUACUUGAAAGAAUAGCAGCAGUGAAGAUGAACAUUUUGCCAAGAUUUCUUUUUUUGUUCCAAAUGAUUCCGGUGCUUAAAAGUGAUAAACAACUGAAAGAGUGGCAAACUGGAGUGAAUAAGUUUGUCUGGAACGAGAAAAAACCGAGAAUUAAAUUGAAAAUUAUGCAAGAUGUUCCGGAAAGGGGAGGUCUCAAACUUCCAAACCUACAGUUAUAUUAUGAAGCAGCAGCUUUGACUCAAGCAAGCGAUUGGUUUGGAAGGAAAAAGACUGGAAUAUUGAAUAUAGAAAGUUUUGAUCUCGAAUUUGGUUGGCACGCUUACUUGUUUUAUGAAAACAAAGUGGAUAAAGUAUUUAAAAGUCAUAUACUUAGAGAUUCUCUGAUGAGAGUAUGGAAGAAGCACCGAAUCAAAUGGGAUUAUAAAAUACCGUUGUGGCUGGAUCUUGGUCAUAUUAUUUGGAAUACAAAUAUAAUGUCACUCGGGGGGUUUUUAUAUAAAGAGGUUCUUUUUACAGAUGUGGGCAGAUGGCAACUGAAGACAUUAGAGACACUGUUGGGCGAAGGGAUUAAUUUAACUUGGUUACAAUACAAUCAACUUCAACUGAGAUGGAAAGAGGACCAAAAAACUGGUAUUAUGUUGCAUGAGGAAGAGUUGGUUAGACAUAUAAAAGAGAAAGGUCCAAUGCAUAUCAAAAGGCUAUAUAAUGUUUUGUUAGAAAGGGACUCAGAAACUGAAUUGGUUAAAGAUUGCAUGAUUAAAUGGGCACAGAAUUUUGCAGAACCAGUAAUGUUGGAAACAUGGGAGAAAAUAUGGGUUCAGAAUGUUAAAUUUACGCAAUCGCAGAAUUUGAGGGAAAAUUUUUAUAAGAUGUUUUACAGAUGGCAUUUAGAUCCCAAGAAAUUAUCCUGUAUGUAUCCUAAUGUUCAGCCAAAAUGCUGGAGAUGUGAUUGUUUAGAUGCUACAUAUUAUCAUGUUUGGUGGAAUUGUAAGAAAGUUAAGGCUUUUUGGAUAAAAAUAUGGUGGGUUAUGCAGAAUAUUUUGAAGAAAAAAAUUCCAUUUUCUCCACAAUUGUUUUUAUUGGGUAUAGUAAAGGGUUUUACACAGGAUGAAAUUAAGUUGAUAUUGUACAUGAUAACUGCAACGAGAUUAUUGAUAGGUAAAUAUUGGAAAAAAUGAAGCUUUACCCACUAUCGAAGAAUGGACUUUGAAGAUGGCCAGUUUUGCCGAGAUGGCGAAGAUUUCAGCAUAUUUAAAAGAUCGCUCACAAGAGACUUAUGAAUGGGAAUGGAAAAAAUGGAUAGAUUAUGUGCAGAACAAAUAUCAAGUUAGAAAGUACCAAAUAGUUUUUCAUUGAAAGUAUUAUAUAAAAAUAGAAAUGUAUGAAAACUGUGAAGAUAAAAAAUUUUUUAAGGGGGUCUGAGGGGUUCAAGUUUUAU